GAGCUGGUCUUUAUCGCUGUCAGGUGCGCGAUAAACGAUUGUCCAGCUCGCGCGGGGCAGAGAGCUGCAUGGGGCAUCUUUUUUAGUUAACGGGCAUAGCGAUACUGGAAAAUGAAGCCAAACGUUUGGAACAUAAAGGAUGUUUUGAGUAUCCCAUCAACCUCAAUGGCAGCGAAAUCUGGUAAGGGAGGUGCAACUAGUGACUACUCCAGUCUGACGGACUCCCAGCUCCUGUUUGGAUCUCAGUUCUGGGCAGAGAGCUCUCAAGGCUUUUCCCAGGAGUUAAGUGGACCGUUCAGAGGUUCUCAGCCAGCCUCACAGGAGACCACAUUGGCUGUAAAAGAAUUGAGCUCACUCGUGCUCAGUCUGCAGCAGGAUUUGGAAUCUAUAAGAGAAGACCAGAGAAAGGAGCAGAGUGUGUUUGGAGAGCUUCAGUCCCUACUUAGCACAAUACUGGCUGCUCAGUCAUGUGGAGCUCAUCCUAGACCUGUCAGAAUGACUGACAACAUGGUUCAGACAUCACCUGGUCUUGUAGAAAAGGUCUGUGUCGUUUCGGAGGAAAAGCCUUUUUGUGAGGGCAAUACGCUGUGCAGUGGGUCUCAUUCAGAGGGAAGAGCAGAUCAGAGUGUGUGUCUUGUUAAAGCAAAAUCUCCAAAAAAACUUAACACAGAUGCAUCUCUCCGGGUCUUACGUCCUGUGUCUAUUGACAAGCAGAAGCAACUGUUCAACAACACAGGGGCUGAGAAGUCCUGCUGCACACGCUCAGUGAUGACCACUGCUUCAAGUCCAGCAGUUACUACCACGGUCACUGCUGAUCUUCAGAGGAGUUAUAUGGUUGGAGCCCCUGUGCAUGUGGAACGAGUAAAGCCUUUGGUUAAUAUGGAGGAGAACAGGUUUACAACCUGGACUGAUGUAUCUAAACAGAAAAAAAUGCCCAGGAGAGGACAGAGAAGCCAGCAUUUCAGAAGGAAGAAGAGAGCUUUGAUCUUACCACAGAGGAGACCAAAUAACAGGAUGGCUUCAGUUGACACUUUUGAGGAUAACCAACAUGAUGAAGGGCAUGAAAAUAGGGUGCCUGUAUCAACAGUCAAAACUGUUCCAGAGAAUCUUCUACCAUCUACAAAGCAGCAAGGCACAGCAGGACUGACAAAUAGGAGUGGUUGUGGACAGCACCUGAAUCCUUGGUCAUGGUCCCAGGACAGCAGCAGCUCCCAAAUAAUGGUGGAAUACAAGAAGGCUGAACAUGAAGCAGUGAUGACUGAGCACAAAACUAAUACUAUAAUGAGACAAACCAGCAUCUGGCAGCUCUUUGAUUUCAUCAGUGACUCGGACUAACUAAUGCUCCUAAUGGUCUGUUAAUGGCCCAGCUGUUCAGAGAAAGGUUACAUAUAAUUUAACAAAGGCAAAGUUCUUCAAGGAUUUGUAUAAAAUUUUGUAUUUCUUUGAAAUGUUGGUAAUUUCCCGUUCAUGUGGUUCCACAGUAAUAGUUUAUGCAUCCAAUGACAGUUUCAAUACACAAAUCCAUAAAUUUAGAACAGCAAAUUGCACAUUAUCCAGUCUUGUUUCAUUAUGUAUAAUUUUAGAUGUAUGUGGGUGUUUAGAAAAAUGUAUUUAUAUUUACAAAACUUGACUUGUUUAAUAGCUUCAUUUGGUUUUACCCAGGAGCUUGUUAGGUUCCAUACAUGAUUUUCCAAAAAAAUAUUUCUCUCUGUAGUAGUGUCAUUGUGUUUACUUUCAAGCCAAAGUAAAUAAAAAGUGACAUAGAAA